AUGUGCAUCCCUCUCGAAGCUGUGCGCUCGGUCGAAGAGGACGACCUUCCCCAAAUAGAGGAGGACCGGUUUUCGGUCAAGGUAAUUGCUUCUCGGCAGAUGCUGGAGCUCGUGGGGCUAUCCCUGCUGGUGGGGCUGCUGGCCCUAGUGGCCAUGGUGGCAGUGGCCCGAGGCUGGCUGCAGGCCAAGGAGGACAAAAUUAGCCAACCCGUGUGCCAAAAAGUAAAUGAAGCCAAAAACUCAGGAUCCAAGAAGCAGAAACAGAAUCAGCAGAUUCGCAAGGAGAAGCCUCAGCAACACAACUUCCGCCUUCUGGCCAUAGCAUUAAAGAGCCAUAGUGGGAAUAUUUCCUGCAUGGACUUCAGUAACAAUGGCAAGUAUCUGGCCACCUGUGCUGAUGACCAAACUGUCCGAAUCUGGAGCACCAAAGAUUUCCUUCAGCAGGAACACCACAGUAUGAGAGCCAAUGUGGAGCUGGACCAAGCCACCUUGGUGUGCUUCAAUCCUGACUGCAGAGACUUCAUUGUUUGGCUGGCCAAUGGUGAUACCCUCCGUGUCUUUAAGAUGGCCAAGCGAGAAGAUGGGGGCUAUUUUCCUAAAAAGCACAAGGUGUCCAUCAUCAACAUUGGCAUUGCUGACACAGGGAAGUUUAUCAUGACAGCCUCCAGUGACACAACUAUUCUUAUCUGGAAUCUGAAAUGUCAGGUGCUGUCCACAAUCAAUACCAACCAGAUGAAUAACACUUACGCUAUUAUCUCCCCAUGUAGCAGGUUUGUGGGUUCAUGUGGCUUCACCCCAGAUGUGAAGAUCUGGGAGGUCUGCUUCGGGAAGAAAGGGGAAUUCCAGGAGGUGCAGCGAGCCUUUGAGCUGAAGGGCCACUCUGCCUCUGUCCACUCUUUCGCUUUCUCCAAUGACUCUUGGAGGAUGGCCUCUGUCUCCAAGGAUGACACAUGGAAGCUGUGGGACACAGAUGUGGAAUGCAAGAAGCAGGAACCCUACUUGCUAUGGACAGGCUGCUUUGAAGAGGCAAGCAACAUGCCUUGCCGUCUGGCACUCUCCCCUGACAACCAUGUCCUGGCCUUGGCCACUGGCACCAGUAUUCAUCUCUUCAACACGAAGAGUAGGGAGAAGGAGGAAUGCUUCGAGUGUGUCCAUAGGGAGUGUAUUGCUGACUUGACUUUUGAUACCACUGGUCACUUCCUGGCCUCCUGUGGGGACCGUGCAGUGUGGCUCUUCCACAACACUCCUGGCCACCGGGCUGUGGUAAAGGAGAUGCCGGGAUGUGGUAAAGGCCUCCUGAAGCGGGCAUCCAGUGAGAGCACCCGCCAGAGGUUGCAGCAACAGCUGGCCCAGGCCCAGGAGGCCCUAAAGAACCUGGGUGCCCUGAAGAAAUGACUCUGGCUCUGAAUGGGUCUGGCUCCCUGCCCCAGUGGUUGCUACUCUUCUUCCCAGGUGCCUCUGGGGUGGAGGUCCUGGAGGAACUUCCCAGUAUUCUUCCUGGUGGGGCCCCCACUUUUUUCCCAUUGAAACUGUUCUUGCAUACUUAGAUCUCUCUCUCUUCUUGUUUGACUCCUCCCAAACUGAAAGGUGCUGUUUUCUCAUGGGGCCAAGGGUGGACUCUGUCUUCACCCAGCACUGA